UUCGCUCUAUAAGGCGCACAGACAUUUCCCCUUUUGAGGGGGGAAAAGUGCGUCUUAUAGAGCGAAAAAUACGGUAAUUUCUGUGUUCCAGUGGAACUGUAUACACGUGAGAGUUGAAUGGUGAGAACAUACAGUGUCUUGUUGUGUUUUGCUUGUAGAAUUGGCAAAAAUACCUUCUGUAGGCCUAUGUUGCUCUGGAUGGAUCCUUGCUCUGAUCCAGCAGGGCUCUUAAACCUUAAUUUGUUUUGAUAACCUGGAAGUGUAGUAUGUUCCUCGUUUAGCAUUAUGAUCCUCACAGACUGUUUCAGAAUAAAGUCCUUUGAUUAAAUGAGUUCUUUGUUAAAUAAGUAAAGAAAUUCAGCACUAAAUAGAGUGAUUUAAAAUACACACACACACACACACACACACAUAUAUAUAUAUAUAUAUACAGAUUUUUAAAAAACAGAAUUACCCUGGGAAUAUCAGUGCUCUUUGUAUUUCAUGCCCAUUAUUUCUUUCAGUCUAUCCUGCUUUAAAACAAGGCAAAACACUUGAGUAUAUACGUAGAAUCAUAGAAUAGUAGCGUAGGAAGGCCAUGAAGGCCAUUAAGUCCAACCCCCUGCUGUUGUAGGACACCAAUCUAUACCAUCCCACAUUUUUAACGGAUAUUUUAAGAAUAUGGGACUAUAGUUAAUGUUGCCCCUCCAAAAAAAAUCUGAUUUAAAAUGUAAUUUAUAGCUGCAUUUUAAAUAAUUACAGCAUGCCAUCCAGUGCAUGUUUACUGAGAAGUAAGCCUUACUGCAUAUAAAGGAACUUACUGACUCAUAAAUGUGCAUAUGAUUGCUGGUUUACACCACAGUCUUAGUUUGUUUAAAAGUCCUUAUUGCAUUUGCUGAUCUUGCUUGCAAGCAAGAUUGUAUAGAAUUUCUGUCAGUAUUUUCAAGCCCUGAAUACAAGAUUUGUAAACUUAAUAGCACAGUAGGAUCAUGCCUCAUAGUCCACCUCCAUACUUCCUGCAUUUACUGUAAUAUGUAUUACAUAUUACAACCAUUUCUUUCAGGGCAAAAUGAUGCAUUAUCAGAUGUACAUUCACAGACUUCCUAAGCAUAUAUCCCGCUUGUCUGUGUUGCAUGCAAAAUGCCCAGGCUGGGUUGUAUGGGCAUUAGUCCGCUCAUCUUCCUGCUUCCUUGUGUUGCCAGCAUUUCUCACAGUCUUCCCAUAGAUCUAAUACUAAAAGUGUAAGGAAAUGAGCUCCCAUCUUUUUGGAAGUAUUUGAACUUGACACGCUUUUCAUUACAAUGGCCAGUCCAGACACUUACAGAAUAGCUUGAUAGUUUCUAUUAUUAUAUUAGAUUCUCAUUGAACAUGUUCAGAAUUAUUAGGUGUAAGUUUCAUUAUUUAUUUAAAUGAAUGUCUUAGUAAAUUUGUAUGUUUUUCCCUCUCUCAGGACAUGCUAGCUAUUUAUAUAUUACUAUAAGUGUCUGUACCUAUGAGAAGUGAAAUAUGGAUGAGGAGAACCCAAACACUCCAACUAAAUUGGAAUAUAUGAAGUAAAUAUUUAAUCCUGACCUGAUCUGAUUUUAUAAUUUUAAAUUCCAUAUUGCUGCUGGAAUAAAAUUUUAAAUAGUUAGAUUUGGAUCAGAUGACAUUUUUGAUCCCCAUAUGACCUCUCUAUUCUCUACAAAAACAACAAAACCUUUAUCCUGAAGUCUCUUGCAAACGCUCCAUUUUAUGGAUUUGGAAUUUUACCUAUAGAUGGCCAGUUUUUGGUCUAUCUCAAGCCAGUAGUGCCAAGAAAUGAACACACCGUUGUUGGCACACCAUCACUGUUGCAGUUUUAAAGUCAGUUUGAUUCUUUCUUUUUGACAGGAGAGUCCAGUGUAACUCCUUCAAGACUGGAGUGACACUCAGCAUCUGCAUCUGCCUCUGCCUCAUUGUAUAAAUCCCCAGAGUAUGAGUCCCUUGGGUUUGACCUGACAGUUGAACGGUUAGUUUCAAUUGGAUACCCUCAAGAGCUGCUUAGUUUUGUCUAUGACCCUACAUUCCCUACCAGAGGCCUGGUAUUUGAUUCCCUCUAUGGAAAUCUGCUGAAAGUUGAUGCCUACGGAAACAUCCUAGUGUGUGCACAUGGCUUUAACUUCAUGAGGGGGCCAGAGAUACGAGAGCAGUACCCCAAUAAAUUCAUUCAGAGGGAUGACACUGACAGGUUUUAUAUUUUAAACACACUGUUCAACUUACCAGAGACCUACUUGUUGGCUUGUCUAGUUGAUUUUUUUACUACCUGUGAUAGGUAUUCGAGUUGUGAAACAGGAUUUAAAGAUGGGGACCUUUUCAUGUCCUUCAGGAGUAUGUUCCAAGAUGUAAGAGAUGCUGUGGAUUGGGUCCACUAUAAGGGAUCUCUCAAGGAGAAGACAGUUGAGAAUCUGGAAAAGUAUGUGGUGAAAGAUGGAAAGCUGCCUUUGCUGUUGAGCCGAAUGAAUGAGGUGGGAAAGGUGUUUCUUGCUACGAACAGUGAUUAUAAAUACACUGAUAAAAUUAUGAAGUAUCUGUUUGAUUUUCCACAUGGACCGAAGCCUGGCAGUUCUCAUCGGCCGUGGCAGUCAUACUUCGACCUCAUCCUUGUGGAUGCACGCAAACCUCUUUUCUUUGGGGAAGGUACAGUCUUGAGGCAAGUGGAUACGGUUACUGGCAAGCUAAAGAUUGGUACCUACACAGGCCCUUUGCAGCAUGGCAUUGUCUACUCUGGAGGCUCUUCUGAUACAAUCUGUGAUCUCUUGGGGGCCAAGGGCAAAGACAUCUUAUACAUAGGUGACCACAUUUUUGGAGACAUUUUGAAGUCAAAAAAACGUCAGGGUUGGAGGACCUUUCUAGUGAUUCCAGAACUGGCACAGGAGCUUCAUGUUUGGACAGACAAAAGCUGCCUUUUUGAAGAACUUCAGAGCCUGGACAUCUUCUUGGCUGAGCUAUACAAGCAUUUGGACAGUAGCAGCAAUGAGCGUCCUGACAUCAGUUCUAUUCAGAGGCGUAUUAAGAAAGUGACACACGACAUGGACAUGUGCUAUGGGAUGAUGGGAAGCCUGUUCCGAAGUGGCUCCCGACAAACUCUCUUUGCCAGUCAGGUGAUGCGCUAUGCAGACCUCUAUGCAGCUUCCUUCAUCAACCUCCUGUAUUACCCCUUCAGUUACCUCUUCAGAGCUGCCCAUGUGUUGAUGCCACAUGAGUCAACAGUGGAGCACACCCAUGUGGAUAUCAAUGAAACUGAGUCACCCAUGGCCACCCGUAACCGCACUUCAGUGGACUUCAAAGAUGCUGACAAACGACACCAGCUGACCCGGUCUGUUAGUGAAAUUAAACCACCCAACCUCUUCCCUCAGACCCCCCAAGAAAUCACACAUUGCCAUGAUGAGGAUGAUGAUGAAGAAGAGGAAGAGGAAGAGGAAGAGGAGGAAGAAUAGAAAUAUUAAUGCUUCUUUUUAUCAAAUAUGGUUGCAUCAAUUAUUGGCAGGAACAGAUUCCCACUUCAGAGUCCUGGGGCAUGGGGUUGGUGGGGUGACAACAGAAUUAACACUAAUUAGGACCCUUUUGUUGUUAGCAAGCAUAUACUUUGCAGAGCCAUUCUAAAGGUAGAAGAUUUUGCAUUGGCUGAGGUAAGACCAGGUACAGAUGCUUAGCUAUGUUGGGCCACAUGUAGAACAUAGAUGAGGGGGCUGCUUGUGUGGCGGUUGUUCUUACACAUGCCUUUAAUUAAACAGCCUCCCAGCAAUGGUUUAGAAUUGAUAUAGUGAGACAGACGGCCAUAGAUCUUGCUGCAAUCACAGGGGCCUAGUGCUAGUUCUUCACAGUUGGUACUCUUGACACCUUUGGAGGGGCAAAGAUGUAUCCUAGUAUUUCAUACUGUAAACAUGGAAAUGGCACUACUUCCAGGGUUGCAUCUACCCAUCAAGCACAAAUCUUUUUUCAAUGGUUUAAUCCUCUAAUCUCAUUCUAGUACAGUUUGGCUUCUGCUCUCUUUCUGUAUUUGAGUUUUUUCGAAAGGCUAUCCUGCCAUCUCUCCUUGGAGUAUCUGAUAGCUAGUUUUCUAUUGCUGAGAUUCCAAAGCUUUUUAUAAUCUCUAUCCUUGGCAUGUUAUGCAUGUGUUCUAGGAUCUUCUAAAACAGGUCCUUAUGCCAGAUGUUUGCUCUGUGCCCUGAAUUUAUCUCCAUUAACAAAAGAUUCCUUAGCAGAUUAUUUUUCCUGUAUUUAAUGAGGUAAGAAAAGAAGGGGCUUGUAGUUUUUGGCAUGUGAGGAAACACACGUUAGAGCAUCCCAGAAAGAUGAAAACUACAGCAUCUGGAGGGGAAAGUUUUGUUUGCACCACCUUUCCUAGUCUUACUGUUGUUGGUAACACUUUGGACUCUGUUUUGGAGCAACCUGUAAGAUUCUAUAGUUCCAUUUCCAGCCACUCCAGUCUCUCAUACAUAGUACAUAUGACUGCAUGGUCCUGGUACCUAAACAAAGAGGAAGAAGUUGCCUUCAGCAGCAUGACCUUAUUGAGGACAUUGUUUUACCUCCAUUCCAAGAGUGAGAAUAAUUGAAGGUCUGCUCCAUCUUAUUUGUAAAUGGCUUUAGCAGCCUGGCAUGUCGAACAGUUCAUGAGUUCAAGCCGUUACAUUUCAAGCACAUUUUCCUCCGAAUUAUCCUGCAAUGCAGGGCAGGCUUAUUUUCUCCUUCAGGUUAACAGGCAGUAUAUAUUGCGUCCUGGGGUGCAGCACAUCCCUUACUGUAUUCCCUUACCGUACUGUGCCAUUUGAGUAUAGAAGACAGAACAGAGGCCCUAUUUUAAAGUAUUAGACCUUUUAUUUUGCAUCACUUGAUUGUAAUUAAUGUUAUUCCAUUAUUAAAAUACAUCAAACUGCAGAUACGCAGGACAAGCUGGUGCUGCUCUGAUGGAUCUACAAAUAAAUCAUGAGGUUUCAUAAUCUGUUCUGAUGUGUGUCUAAAAGGUGGGGUGAGGAGAAAGUGAUUAUCAAUGCCAUACUGCUUGGUUAAUAACAGGCUUGUGAACACACUGAAAGGCUGUAAUGUGAAUAAAAUAUGCUUAGCAUUUUAUUACAUGGUAAAUGGGUAUGAACAGACAUACUUAUUUGGGAAAUGUAAAGAGGUACUGUAGUAACUUCUAGUCCCUGUUAUAGACUUCUCUUCUGUCCAUAGCCCUUCAAGUUAGGCCUUGGUAUUGACUGGCUAUGGCAUUGAGUGGGAUAACUGUAAGGCAGCAAAAGCUAUAUAUUACUACUAUAAAAAUUGAAAUUGAGAGGUACCAUGCCAAAAAAUUAGUAUUGUUAGUCUCCCGCAGCCCAGCCUUACAAAUCCUAUGCCUGCCCACUCCAAGCACACCUACAUGCAGGUUUCCUGUUUCCCUCUAGUAGUUGGUUGCCCUCAAAAAAAAAAAAAAAAAAAAACUGGUCUUCUCAGCAGUGAACAGAACCAAGGCAGCCCAUGUGUUGUAGCCACAUUGUUUUAGACUGGAAGUCUGGAGUUUACUUCUAGCUGUUCUACUAACAAGUUUAUACAGUUCAGUGACAGUUUCUGAAAGGAUAGUGAAUUACAACAGCUUAGAUAAACAUUACCAGUUCUUACACUUUAAGUAACAGGAAGGGAGGUGAGAUUGGAAAGGGGCAAAAUUACAGGGAGUGGAUUGUGUUUACUAGCUGCUGGAGACAAGAAGCAUGCUGAAAAGCAAGUUCAAAAAAUUCAGCUGUUUUUCUGAUCUUUUAUGUAGUUGUCUUUUAGUCUUGAUUCUUUCAAGGGCCUCAGAGCAACAUCAUUGACUUUGAAGAGCUGGAGCUAUUCAGCAGCAUAGAAGCAUAAGAAAAUGCAUGUCAGUUUCUAAUUUCAUUUUUAAGAGAAGCUUAGAAACAGAAUGAAUUGAAAGAGCUGCUGCUUUUGAGUAUAGCCAACACAUUUUCCUCUUCCUAUAGCCACAGAAAAUAGAACUCAAAAACUACAUGCAAACAUUCUGACAGCCAGUUUCUCAGAUUCAAACCCCCUAUCAGGCAGCCUAGCAUACAAUACAAGUGGUUGUAAGGGUAAAAGGCAAAAUAAAGUUCUGUGCCACACCAAGGUCUAUGGCGAAAGGGCAGAAUACAAAUUAUAAUUUCCAUCAGGCAAAGUCCUACAGAGCUGCCAAACCCUUUGAGUUUAUUUGCUCCUUGGAUAGCACAAAAUGCCUAUUACUAUAUUCGAGUUCAAUGUUUACUUGCCACACUUGUUGGCUGCUUUAUGCCUUAUUUCUGAGCAAUAUGAACAUGCUGCUCCCAGCAGUUUCGUAGCCACUGCAACUAUAAAACUAAUCCCAAUUGUAACCCUUUCUGAUUUCAUUCUUCCACACAUCCCUCCCUCUACAGGUAGCAGGACAUCCUUUGUUUCAGAUUGAUAUAGCAGAUUAAACCUUUGGUCCAGGGCUAGCAUACAGUAUCUCACCAACAUGGACAUGUUUCCCAUAUUCCCAUGUGCUCUGAGAUGUAUAUUCUGCUUCAGGAAAGCAUAUCAAGUGAGGCCUUGGCAAGUGUGUGUGUUGGCCUUGAUAAUACAUCAGGCAGAAAAUGCUUGCACCAUUUAUCCAAAGUUUAUAUAUCAAGAAAAAGUUGGUGUAUAUCCAUCAGGUCAGUGGGCCCUCUCCCCCCAUGAAACCUAAAUGACAUGUUUUAAAUGACAUGGCAGCCAGAAAGGAGGUACUAGGAGCUUCAUGAGCAGUAGAGGCAGGUGUAGGAACAAUGACAAACAGGAGGAAAGAACAGAAGUUUGGAGAGCCAUUAGGCAGUAUUUCAUUUGAUCCUCCAUGUUACCUCUUGCUAGAAUUUGUUUCCCAACAGAACCAAUAAAACCACUGUGUCAUUUUCUAAAUGGUGGCUGUGGACCUUUUCCUGUUCCUUACAACUGGAAACUAAUAGAACAUUAGUAAGAUUCUUAGUAACCAUUCAUACAUUUAGAAACACCAUCUGAAUUCUGAGACACCAGCAGCAGCCAGAGAGGCCUUCUUCAAUUUCCCAAACGGCUAAUUAAAAAAAAAAAAAAAUCAAAACUUCACACUCUUACAAAUACAGAUGAAGCAGGAGGUGGCGGAAAAAGCUACUUAAACUGGGAGGUUCAACAAGAAAAAAUCAUUUAUCUAACAGAAAUAAACGUUUUCAAUAAAAUUGCAAAAAUAUACAAAUAAAUCCGUCAAAAUAAAUAGAAGAAAUUGAAAAUCUGCAAUACCACUGAGUAAUUAUACACUUCAUUGGGAUAUUAUUCAGCUUAUGAAAUGUACACAUUUCAUUUGUGCUUUUUUAGGCUUUACACAGACAAUAUGGAAUACUGUUGGCAGAAUGUUACAACUCUGAAAGAAAUGCAAUAAUGUACAAUAUGAUACAGUUUGGCAAAGAACUCUCAAAAGACAAAAGGUAUAGAGGCUUUGGAAUGCAGCAGUAUAUGGAAAUAAAUUUCUUGGCUUGAAGAGCCAUGACAUGGUGUAAGACUACCGGAAAUGUGUGCAGCAUAAGACUUCUUGAGAGAGGGGAAGGUAACUGCAUAAGGUAACUCCAACUGCAUUGGCUUAAGAAAGGACUACAAAUUUCAGCUAAUGGCCUUAGGCUAGUCUGUGAUAAGCAUAAGCAAAUUCUAAGGACACCGAGGUAGAACAUAAUGCACUGUCUGCCCCUCUGUGAAGAAAUUAUGGUAAGAAAGAGCGCUAAGGUUUAAGCAAUGAGGGUGUGCCAUCUUUCCAUAUUUUGUCCAUCACUAAAAUCCUCCUCCUCAAGGUAUUGUGUAGCACUUGAUACUGGGAAUGGAUAUGCAAUGGUUCUCACCCCAGGCCACCUAGGUCAGUAAGGUUCUGUUCUUCAGAUGGAUGGGCUACCAUUUUUAAUAAAGUUGCCGAGAAAGUGACUUGAGAAAUAGAAUCAUGCCAGGAGUCACAUUAGACAAAACUAAGACAGAUUGCAACUAGGAAAUAUGGCAGUAGUCACAAAUCACACUCACAUAUCAAACAAUCAGUACAAAUAAGUGAUUGAAGACAUUUCUAAUGCAUAGCAAAGAAAAACAGAACCUGCUGGUAGCCUGCACAACCAGUCUCUUGCAGAGUAUUAGACUCCAACUUGCCUCUCACUGUGGUAUGCAAUAUUUGAGACAUGGGCUCACAGCAGCAGUGGCACAAGUAGCAGCCUCUCUAGCAUAAGUACUAAGCUUCAUUAACAGGUAAAACUAAGCAUUAUUUGCAGUUGUUUACAAUACUCUUGACGUUUCUUUUAA